UAAUUCUGCUGGAAUUUGCAACUUUCAUCAUUCUCUCUUCCUCUUCUGAACAAUCUGUUGUAGAGUAGCAGCCAACAAGAGGCAGAUAUAGUUCUACAAGGACCUUUACUAGUGCUACACAUUUAAGGGUCCCAUUGGAAUAGACUUGUUUCUCCAUAGAGAGAGAGAGAGUGCUUGUAAAGAACAAUGAAUGGAGAGCAAAGAAGAUCAAGACUGAACAGUGGCGAUGUAUUCUCACUGCUGAGCUCAAGACCAGAGACUAAUCCCACCAGAACUAGGAAAGCGUCUGAUUCUAACACUGAGAACAAGUCUGACUGGAUCAAAGAUCAAGAGAAAGCAUUCACCAGCUGGAUUAACGGCCACUUGAAAUCCUCCGAACACCAAACCUCAAUUACUGAUAUACGAAAUGGGCUAAAGGAUGGACUGGUGCUUAUUCAGUUGAUGAAAACAGUAGCACCUGAAUCAAUACAGUUUAUUAGAUAUCAUAAAUCUCCAAGAUUGAGGCUACUCAAAUUAGAAAAUGUCCAGAUUGCAUUUGAGUGCAUGAAGAGAGAAGGGCUCCAACUCCUAAACAUUGAGCCAGCUGAUAUAGUUGAUGGCAAUUUGAAGUUAACAUUAGGCCUCUUGCAACAGCUGGCAAAUCACUACCCACUACCUCAGUCUGAUAGUAAAAGGGGUUUCUCUCCUGAGUCAAUGCUACUGUGGUUUCAGUUGUUUCUACCAGAAGCUACUAUCACUAACCUCACCACUAGUUGGUCUGACGGUAUUGCCCUCUCUCUCCUCCUGGACAGGCUCAGCCCUGGUAUCCUUGGCAAUGUGUCUCAACUUGAUCCAGCAAAUGCCACCGGAAACAUACAGUCUGCAAUGCAAGCUGCUAAUAAGUACUUCCAAAUACCAAAGGUUGUUAGUCCUAAUGAUAUUGCAGCUGGUAAACUAGGCCCAAUACUCCAGUACCUCUCUUAUUACUGCUCACCCGAUUCACCUUGUCAUAGCUAUCUUGUUGACUGGGUCAAUUGCCUUAUCCCAGAACAUUCCAUCAUCAAUUUCACAUCUGACUGGUUUGACGGGUCGGCUCUGACCUCACUAGUCAAUGUUUAUCUACCGGGGACCAUGGACGAGGGCGAGGAAGAUGAAGAUGAAGUCAAAAUUCCUCCCAUUGAUCGAGUUCAGUUUUUGAUGAAAUCGGCUGAAGACGAGCUAGGAAUCAAGCAGCUCAUAGCCCCAGGGCAGUUUGUAUCCAAAGACACGGAGGAGAUACUGAGGAUGGGAUACUUGAUUCAGUUUUUAAACUGCCAGACUGCUCCUGGAGGAAAGAGAAGGAGGAGCAAUAAAAGGUCGCUUGAUGAUGAGAGAGCUACACUUCAGUCUCUAUCAAGUGACGAAGCUGUUGCUGUUGCUCCCACGAGCGUUUCCACACUCUCAUCAGAUUUCACUGAGUCGGCACAAGCUGAAUUUACCGGCAGUAGUCCACCAGAGGUUCCCGACUCUCCCCCUUUGGGUGGCGAUAUUGGCCAUGACAAGUUUGAGCUUCAGAUUCAUGGGAGCCACACGGACAGUAAUGAUAUUCAUAAAGACUUGGUGAUGGAAGAAGAAGCAAAGAAAGAAGAGAGGGAAGGGUUGAAGACGUAUUUGGAAAGAAAGAGUCUACAAGAACAUGUAGGAACCUCAAACGACCGACAAGAGGAGGAAGAGAGGGACACGUUUGAUGCUGACAUAAAGCUGAGGACUUGGGUAAGAAACAGUGAUGGCGCUCGGAGACUGAGAGAACAACGUAAGUCACAGCUAGACGAGCUCCUUGCUGAAGCAGAACUAGGCUUUGAUCAAGUCCUCAGCGAAAUUGAUAACAUAUCGUUUAGUAACCGGCCGAGUCGUGGUAGCAUUCCUCGACUCACUCCCUCCACCUCCUCUCUACCUCAGGAAGAAGAAAAACUUUCGCUGGACUUUGAUUUCAGCUCGGGUGAUGACGAAAAUUCUUCAUUUGGUAGUCAGCCGCUACUUGAUAAAGAAGGGAGAGAAGGAGGAGGGAACCUCUCAAAUCAAAAGGAAAUUAAACAAGAGCCAAAGAAUGAAGAAACCACCAGCUUGACAACAGGCAGUGGCAGUCAGGUUAAGACCACCAGUGAUAUAUCAGUGUUUGAUGAUGAUGAACUGAAAUGGGUAGAAGCCGACAAGGAAGGAGAAGUUAAGGAAAGAGAAGAUCCCAAAGAAGACGGCGGACUUGAUGAACCAGAUAUCAUCGAAGUAGCCUAUGUUAAUGAUCCAAGAGAAGAGAGCGAAGAGAAAGACAUGGACCAAGAGGAGGGGUUAGGGGGCGGGCCUCGUAGUACCACCACAACACCAGAGCCUCCCUCUGAAUGUACAACAUCCUCAAAGACUCCAUCACCCGAUCUCUCUCACUCCCCCACUCCACAGGAUGACAUUAUAGACUCUCAGAAUAAGCCACUCCCUCUCUCGUUCCCCAAUUACUGCAUUGUCGAGGGGUCUCAGUUGAAGUCUGGAGGUGUGGUCAAUGAGCCGAUAACGUUUUCAGUGGAUUGCACAAAAGCUGGGCGGGGCCGUCUGGAGAUUAUCAUUGAGGACGAGAAAGGAGAGAACCUUGACGCUGAUGGGUCUCAGAUCAGAUCUAACGUUUUUAAAAUAAGUUUCGUUCCACCUUCUGUCGGCGAGUACACUGUCUGUGUUUUAUUUGGUGAAAAAGACGUUGCGAAUAGUCCGUUCUUUUGCAAGGUCACUGAUCCUAAUGCAUGCAUUCCUAGUGGGCGUGGCUUAGACCCAAGCUCCCUUUUGAUUGGUCAAGAGAUGACGUUUCAAAUCGACACCUCAGGAGGUGGCCCAGGAUCCCUGCAAGCAACGUUUACAGGUUCUCCUCAACCUCAAGACUUUCAAUUGGUAUCUACGAAAGACGGUAUUUUCACUUAUUCAUACACUCUACCCAGCCCUGGUACUUAUACGCUUGACAUUACUUGGGCCGGUCGACACAUAAGAGGCAGUCCUUUUAGCAUCACUCCUCCUGUCCCUUUCUGCCCUGAAGCCUGCACUGUUGUUAGUUAUCCAAACAAGAGCUGCAUCCUUGGUGAGGAGAUCAGUAUUAGCAUUGAUACUGGUAAAGCUGGUUAUGGGGAGUUGAGGGCAAUGCUUGUUAGUCCUAAAUCAGAGCAUUCGUGUUCUCUGAGUAAAACCGGCUCUGUGUACACUGUCACUGCAGUUCCUGCUAGCGUGGGCAAUCACUCGCUAGUACUCCAGUAUGGCGGUGAAGAGAUACCACAGUCUCCGGUGGUUGUACACGUUUCUGAUCCUAAAGCUGUUAAGAUUGAUGGCUCAUCUCUUCACGGGCAGGAGCUGCCAUUAAACCAGGUACUGUCACUGCCUAUUAGUACAGCUGGUGCAGGCGAGGGGACUUUGAGUGUUAGCAUUAGAACACCUAACGGUACGAGCGAUCAAGGUAGAAUACAGAGGAUUGAGAGUCACCGCUAUACUCUGUUUUACACUCCAAAGACAGAAGGAGCUUAUAGCCUUGAGGUAUUCUACAAUAAAGUCCCUUGCCUUUCUAACCCAAUGGAGUUCAGUGCUGCUAGAGUAUGGUCCAUUGAUGAUUUCACACUCAUCAAAGCAGUCCCUGUCCGUGGCAAUGCCUACCAACUGAAUAAGAAUAUAGAGUUCAACGUGCACUCACCUGGCACUGAAGACCCCUCUCUCCUUCAGAUAUCAGCCGUUGGAAAGAGCGACCAAUCCAAUAGAGCUCAAACAGGCGUUGAGUAUGAUGGCAUGGGCAAAUACACAUUGAUGAUGCGUGCAACAAGGAAUGAUGAUUAUAAAGUUUCGAUAACCUACAAAGAGACUCAUCUCAAGGGAUCUCCUUUCAUUGUCUCCAUCCACUCGCCCACGCGCUCUAGCAAGGUAGCCAUGUUUGAUCCAGUUAUACCAUUGCGCUCAAGCCAACCCCUUGAAUUGGUGUUUGAUGUAACGCAGGCUGGCGAAGGGAGACUCUCUGCUUCCGCCGUUAAUUCUAAAGGCCUUACCAUACCACUGUAUGUUGAGCAAGUCAAUGAUGAAGUAUAUAGGGUUUCAUUUAUACCUCGCACCAGUGAUACUUUCAUGGUGACAGUCUUGUAUGCCGAUAAACAUGUGAAUGGCUCACCGUUCCGUGUCCUCUACAAAGAGCAGGUUUCAUCGCCUCCCGUGUGCGUCCAGUUUGAGCCGGACAUGAACCUGCGAGGGUUGAUGGGGGCGGCAGUGUACGGGAGGAACAUUGGCCGACAGGAGGCUACAGUCGUCCAAUACGAGAGAGGAAAGUACCAGAUUAGUUUUUCUCCGAGUCGACCGGAUGUCUUCGAUCUGCACGUCUACUGGUUCGACGUGGAGAUAGCUGGCUCGCCUUUCGAGAUUGAUUUAUUAGGAGCAGAGAAUGAGUCCAGCGAGGCGCUGGUUGAUAGCAUACCCUACUGUUCGUCGGAUGGUAAAGUUGGUUUAUUGUCUGCUACUGUCUCUGGCAAGAAGACGGGCGCCGUUCCUAUAAAACUAUCGACUAGCUUUGAGGCUAUUUCCACUCCAACCAAGCCUACAUCGUCCAAGAAAGCUGAGAAAGGUGAUGAGAGCUGCUUAGUUGAUUUUCUGAUCAAUUCCCACGACACUUAUAGUGUUAACUUGAUGUGGAACGGUAAACCAUUAGAUAGCAUGCCAGUUGACAUUGAGCUAUAAAUUAAUUAUACACAAGAACAUUAUAAUACAUUUACCCAUCAUGAUUAUUAUUAAAAUUAUACAUUUUGCUUUUAUUAUUAAUUAUUUUUAUUGCUUUGCCGUUCUAAAAUACAAAAUUUGCUUUGAUGAUUUAUCUGAUAACAUGUGAA